CAGCAUCAGCAACAACAUCCAGAUCUCUGAUGUCAACAUCUCUACAGUCUGCUCUCCCAGCAGUGGUGGUUUCCAGUGCAGAUGUGAGGAUCAGUAUCGCUGGUCAUGUGAUCGCUGUCUGACAUACGGAUCAUGUGACAACAUCAUGAAUGACACAUGUGGAUGCAUCAAUGCCAUUCCUCCUGAUGGACAGUACUGCCAGUCUGUGUAUCAACAAAACUUCACAGCUUGUCCUGCUACAACACCCUCUCCAAAAACGACAUUACCUCCAGUUCUCCAUAAAUACCUGCUUUCUGUUGAGCUGAACACCACAGAUAUGACAGUAAUAAAUAAACUGAGGAGCAUUCUGACAAACAUCAGUGCUCCCAUCAGCAUCAGCAACAACAUCCAGAUCUCUGAUGUCAACAUCUCUACAGUCUGCUCUCCCAGCAGUGGUGGUUUCCAGUGCAGAUGUGAGGAUCAGUAUCGCUGGUCAUGUGAUCGCUGUCUGACAUAUGGAUCAUGUGACAACAUCAUGAAUGACACAUGUGGAUGCAUCAAUGCCAUUCCUCCUGAUGGACAGUACUGCCAGUCUGUGUAUCAACAAAAUCUCCAUCCAUGCCCACCACCAACUCCUGUAAUAGGUAUGAUAUGCAAACUAUUUUCUUCAACUCUAUGUCACCCAGCUACUGUUUCACUGGAAUAUUUUACAGAAAUGGAGAUAUUGUUUUGUGGUCAAAUUGUGGAGGCAAGGAUAAAAAAAAAAAAACAAAUAAACAUUAUUACUCAAAACUUUUUGCCGACGCCUGUCAGCAGCAAUGGAAAGUUUGCUUUUCAGGAACAUCUUUUGUACUCUGUCUUGGAAGAGUUGGUGAACACUGGACGUCUGAAAGGAAGUGUGGUUGGUGGCCGACAGGACAAAGCAGUUUACAUCCCCGAUAUCUACGCCAAAACACAGAACGCCUGGGUGGACGCUUUCCUCCAGCAAAAUGGGUAUUUAGAGUUUGAUGCGUUAGUGAGACUCGGGAUCCCUGAUCCUUCCAGCUACAUUAAGAAGCGCUUUAAAUCCAACAAGCUGCUGUUCCUCAGAGGAGCAUGUGUUGGUCAGACUCUGGUGGACCAGGUGGAGGCUACUGUGGAGGAGGCUGUUAACUCGGCCACGUGGGCUGACCUUCAGCCCAUUCUGCCCACUUGCCUGUCGAUGGAGGACGUUGGGAUGCUCAUCAACCAGGCCAUGAGGAACACUAAUAUCCAGUCCUCUGCCAGGAUGAUUGGAGGCACCGCUGUAGUCAGUGAGAAGUUCAUCAGUAACUGUCUGUCUUUAUUUGACGAGGCCAUGCAGCAGAAGGCUCAAAAGGAGGUCAAGAACAAUCCGGUGUUUCUUGUUACUGAAGAGGAUCUGAAGCAAGCAUCCGUUAUGAUGGAGAGCUCAGGACUUUCCAAAAAGGAGAAGAGAGAAGCAGAGCGGAGGAAGAAGGCUGCAGAGGGCAGUGGAAGUGUGAAAGCAGGAGGAGGAGGAAACGCCCGAGAGAUCCGCAUUCGUAAAACCAAGAAGAAGGGGAGGAGAGACGAAGAAAGCGAUGACGAAACCGGACCUUCACAGCAAAAUCGCAGCAAACAGAUUGAAGCUCCAUUUAUGACCCAGGAGGAGAUAUUCUCAGUUUUAGAGGAGAGGGUGAGUGACUGCCCAGAAGAAAUCCUCUCUGAGCUGGCAGAGCAGUUAGUGAGGCCUCUGGCUAAAACCUAUCAGGAGGUGCUGCGGACGGUGUUCAUGUCAUCCACCAGCUCUCCGUCAGGGACCAAUAAGAAGAAGAGCAUGAAGGACCUCCAGGAGGAGAUCUCCAACCUGUACAGCAACGUCCGACUGUUUGAAAAAAGCACCAAGUUCUUCUCUGAUGAGACGCAGGUCAACAUCAUCAAGCAUGUCCUGAAGACUGUGUGUACCGACGUCACCAACAUCCUGGUCAACUUCUUGGCUGCUGACCUGAUGAUGUCCGUGGAGAAUACCAGCACCAUCACCACCGAGGUCAGACUGAAGAUUUUGGGAAAACUGUCCGAGGAGACCAGAGGACCUCUGAUGAAGCUGCACAGCUCCCUGAACGGAAAAAUGCUUGAAGACUUUCUGUCAAACCUGGAGUCGUGUGCUGAAGUGUGUGGAUUCAUGCUGAAGAAGGGCGACAAGAAGAAGGAGAGACAGGCUCUGUUCCUGCACCGCCAGGCUCUCACCGAGCAGCUGAAGGACACGGAGGAUCCAGCUCUGGUCCUCCACCUGACCAGCGUGCUGCUGUUUCAGGCCAGCACCCACUGCAUGCUGCACGCCCCGGGCCGCUGCGUGCCUCAGGUCAUCGGCACGCUCACGGGCCGGAUACCCACAGAGCAGCAGCAGCUGCUGUCGUCCUAUCAGAGCCUGGUGGUGAAGCAGCUGGUGAGCCAGGGCAGGAAGCAGGAGGAGGCCGGGGAGCGGGACGAGGAGGCCCAGAGCGUCCGCUCACAGCUCACAGCCCUGACUCCUCGGGUGAAGGAGCUGGUGUUGUCCCAGAGGAGGACGUCUGUCAGUGAGGACUGAAUGUCACAUCACAGUCUUACAUGUUCAAAGUUUGGGAUAAUCCAUGUGAGAAUGAUUUUAAGUUAUUAAAGGAAAUUCCUUCGUGGGAUGUCAGAAUAUGCUUCCAGUUAAUUUUUGUAAUAAACUUUUACUGCAAAUAUUUAAAAGAAAUGAACUUUUCACAAGUUACGUCCUGCAGGAUGGACUGAAUUAACCCGACACAUUAACUCCGACACAGUAACACAUAUCUGACUCGGACUCUUGUGUAGUAACUUCACGUCUCAGCUUUCUGUACAGACCAGGAUUAAACAUACAGCCCUGGUAGUUGUGCGGAAAUACUUGAUUUAUUUUGAUUAUGUCAUGUCAGACAGGAGGCAGAGAAAAGAGGCCUCGUGAUGAAGAGCUUAAAAACAGAAUGGACACGAGGGAAUGUACAGUACAUGUAAUUUCAUACCUUCUAGAUGUGAAUAAACAGAAAUGAUUGGACUGAUGAGCCUGUGCUGCUUUCAAGGCCUCAUGGAGUUCCAUGAUUUAUCAGGUGACUGUAACUUCUUGUUUCAACACAUGGGGGCAGCAAAGACCAACAAACAGCUGCCCACUCCAU